GCCGCCCGUUCCGUUCGGUUCCGAGGGCGGCCGCGAGGGAUGGUGGCCGCGGCCACGGCCACGACUCGCGCUGCUGCUGGUGCCGCCGCCGCCGCCGCCGCCGCCGCCCCCGCCCCGCGAUGAGGAGCCGAUCGGGCCACCCGCCGGGAGGAUGCUGCGGGCGCCUGCUCCUGUUCGUCCUCCUGCCGGCGGCGGUGAUUCGGCCGGGCCGGGCCCUGCAGAAUGUCACCUCGCAGCUCUUCGGGGCGCAGGCCUUCGGGACGCUGGCCGCCUUUGGGGACUUCAACUCCGACAAGCAGACGGAUCUGUUCGUCCUGAGAGGAGAUAGUGAGUUAAAUAUCUUCCUGGCAGACCAAAAAGAACCCUAUUUUAAACCCAAAGUCAAGAUACAACUAGCAAAUGUUGUGAUAACAAGUGUGGUUCCCGGUGAUUACGAUGGUGAUUCACAAAUGGAUGUCCUCUUAACAACUCGCCCACAGAAGCAGCCCAGUGCUGACCUAUCAGUUUUGAUUUUCUGGGGAAAUAAUCAAACUUUAGAUGCAAAUCGUAAGUUCGUUUUAAAUAAGACUUUUCAUGAUGAACCACUAAUCAUGGAUUUCAAUGCUGACUUGGUUCCCGAUAUAUUUGGAUCUACAAAUGAAUCUAAUAGGCCAGAGAUACUGAUUGGCAGGAAUUUAACGUGGCACCCAGCACUGGACACAAAGCACAAAAUGUAUAAACCUCACUCUCAUGCAUUUAUAGAUCUGAAUAAUGAUUUGACUGCAGAUUUGUUCCUUACAACACUCUCAGCUUCCUCACAAAUUCAGUUUGAAGUAUGGGUAAAUAAGGAUGGGAAUUUUUCUGAACCUGCGCAUACAAAGAUGAAGCCUGAAGAUGUUGUCGUGGUUGGACAAUCUGCUUUCACGGAUUUUGAUGGUGACGGGCAGACUGAACAUUUGCUACCAGCCUGUGCUGAUAAAGAGUGUCAAAAAAGUGUCAUCUACCUAUCUAAGACAGGACGGGGUCAAUCAGAUCAAUGGUUUCCAGUGUUGCAAGACUUCACAAACAAAGGUGUUCAUUGGGGAUUUGUUCCGUACAAUUCAGAUUCCGCUGAAUUCUCAGUUCCAAUCACCCUUCACAUUGGAGAUUAUAACAUGGAUGGCUAUCCAGAUGCUCUUGCCAUACUGAGAAAUACAUCGGGAAGCAACGAGCAAGCUUUCCUGUUGCAGAAUGUCGAGUGCAACAACGCAAGCUGUGAGGGGGCACGUCGUAUGUUUAAGGUCUACUGGGAGCUCUCCGAUCUAAAUCAGAUCAAAGAUGCCGUGGUGGCAACCUUCUUUGACAUUUAUGAAGACGGAAUCUUGGAUAUCAUUGUCCUCAGUAAGGAUCAUUCUAAGCGAGAGCUUGCCAUCCACGCAUUAAAAAAUAACUUUGAAGCGGAUGCCUAUUUUGUUAAAGUCAUUGUUCUGAGUGGCCUCUGUUCCAGUGCCUGUCCACAUAAGACAUCACCCUUUGGUGUGAAUCAGCCUGGACCAUAUAUUAUGUAUACAACUGUGGAUGCUAAUGGAUACUCAAAAAAUGGCUCAGCGGGACAGUUGAGCCAAUCUGCACACUUUGCCCUCCAGCUGCCAUAUAAUGUGUUGGGAUUGGGACGCAGUGCCAAUUUCCUGGAUCACUUGUUUGUUGGCAUUCCUCGACCACUGGAUGAAAAGUCUCCAAGAACACAGGAAUGGACAGCCAUCAUCCCGAACUCCCAGCUUAUAGUAAUUCCGUAUCCUCCCAACCUCCCUCGAAGCUGGAGUGCCAAGCUGUACCUGACUCCAAGUAACAUCGUGUUGCUAACCGCAAUCGCUCUAAUUGGGGUCUGCGUCUUCAUCCUGGCAAUAAUUGGCAUUUUGCAUUGGCAAGAAAAGAAAGCAGAUGACAGAGAGAAAAGACAAGAAGCCCACCGGUUCCAUUUUGAUGCUAUGUGACAAUGCUUUGAAUCGCUUGGUGAAGGAGCACCCGCUCGGUCUAAGAUAUAUUUGAGCCUAAAAGGGCUACAGGAAGAGGGCAUUGUCACUGUGCUAUUUGUAAAUGCUGUAUUGUUUUAAUUUAUUUGUAAAGUGUUAAAAUCAACCCUAUCUCACAUGGCCUUCCAGUAAUUGGUUGUAUAUAUUUACACUUUUCUCUUUAUUUAACAAAGCAGUAAAUUCUGCUCCACUGGUGGGUUCAUACUGCAUGCAUUCCAUUGUUUCCAUCAGCUCACUUUCUUCUGUACAACGUUUCAUGAAAAAGAAGUUAUAUGUAAAUUGAAAGUGAGUUCCAGUGAGCAAAAUCCUUUUAGUGCCACUUGAGUAAGUCCUGUCACAUAUACAUUCCCAAAAUGUGAAUUGCAUUUUUAUAAUUUAGUCUCUAGCAAAUUGUCAGGUGAAACAAGACAGCUCCUAUUAUUCUGACUGUACUCCAGGGUGUUUCAUCUGAAAUGCUCUGGAUUGCUUAUUUUUGUAUUAAUCUUUGCAUCCAAUCAAGUGAGGGGAAAAAACUUUAAAUUGGAAGAUGAAAACACUUGAAUAACUAUUAAUGUAUAAAAUUUGGAAAUGCAUGUACAUAAUUCAAUGUUUUAAAUUAGACCUUUCUAAAAUCAAGUAAUUUUUCCUUAUCCUUCACAGUAACUAUCAUACAAUUACACUGAAGCUUAAUCAUGAAAACGUUUGUCCAGGAAGACUAAGUAAGCGCUUGAAAAAUGGAUGGGAGAGAAAUGUCCAAGGGAAAUUUUGAGUUGUGUGAUCUUUCCAAAUUGACUUAUGGUUAAGGGCUGAACUAUGCUAUUAAUAAUUAUUUCAUGUACUCUUACCUGAGGCGGUCGUGCAGUACCAGAUUAAAAUUUUGUAUUUGUCAUGACUAUGGGCAAAGCAAGUCCCAUUCUGUUUGAAAUGCACUUUAUGUAAUGCAGUCCCUUUAUUCUUAGUUUUAUUUAUGAUUUGUUAUGCUUUGAAACUGUUACCCUGUAUUCCUAAUAAACUGUGUCUAUUAA